AUGGAUCCGAUUCCCACCCUCAGACAGUCCAUCUCUGUCUGCAGAAUAUCCCUUCGAACUCCGGCAUAUCCCAAAACCCAUCCCAUCCCACGCCUCCUACCACUCAGCCAGCAAACCCGCCGCCUCGCUUCGACAACCCCAGACCCCGUACCUCUCAAUGCUCCUCCAGAGAAUUCCUCCAAACGCGCCCCCUUCACUCUCACCCCGUCCCAACGCACCUACCUCUCCCGUGCCCUCCGCGUAAACCAAGCCGGCGAACUAGCCGCAACACUAAUCUACGCCGCCCAAACACCCCCGUUAACCCGCUCAAAUCCCCACCUCCGCCCCCUCAUGAAACACAUGUACGACCAAGAAGCAAACCACUUCGCAACCUUCAACGAGCUCUGCGCCAAGCACCGCGUCAGGCCGACGGUUAUGUAUCCCGUCUGGCAAGUGGCGGCAACAGUGCUGGGGUGGUCGACGGGGCUGAUGGGGAGGGAGGCGGCGAUGGCGUGCACGGAGGCGGUGGAGACGGAAAUUGGCGGCCACUAUAAUGAGCAGGUUAGGGAGAUCUUGGGAUGGUUGGAGGGGCAAGGGGAAGGGGUCGGUGGGGAGGGGAAGGGGGCCGAUGGGGGGAGGAGAGAGCUGGAGGAAUUGGUGCAGACGUUGAGGAGGAUUCGGGAUGAGGAGCUGGAGCAUCUGGAUCAUGCGGUGGAGAAUGAUGCGAAGGAGGCAAGGCCGUAUGACUUGUUGGUUAAUGUGGUGCGCUUGGGAUGUAGAGCGGCUAUUAAGAUUAGCCAGCGGGUGUGA